GUGGCCGCACAGCUGGUCUCGCAGGGCCGCCGCGUGCCAAGUUUCUGUGGCCAGAACGAGAGACCAUGAGUGCGGCGCGGAGCGGGAGUCGCGGAGAGACCCAGCGAGAGUCUUAUUGAGAGUCUCACUGAGCGGAGAGGAGCGCAAAUAACAUGGCUCAGGCGUCGCACAUGAGCGUCCCCGACCCAGGCACGGCGAUACGAGUGGAGCACGACAGGAAGCGGCGGCAGUUCACCGUGAGACUCAACGGCUCUCACGACCGAGCCGUCCUGCUGUACGAGUACGUUGGGAAGAGGACCGUGGACCUGCAGCACACUGAAGUCCCAGAUGCCUACAGAGGGCGAGGCAUCGCGAAGCACUUGGCAAAGGCAGCCAUGGAUUUUGUUGUGGAAGAGGGCCUGAAGGCCCACCUUACCUGCUGGUACAUCCAGAAGUAUGUCAAGGAGAACCCUGAGCCUCAGUACCUGGAGUGCAUCCUUCACUGAUCUUCACCAAGAGGGCAGAAAAGAGACCAUGGGGGCCUUUUCGAGUGGGCUGGAUAACACUGAAACCUGGUGGGUUUUGGGAAGAGUGGUCAGAGCAGUAGGGUGAGAAAUGGCAGGUUUACUUCACCCACGUACCCAAAGUCCCAGGCCUUCAUUCACUUGCCUGUCUUGCCUUGACACGCACUGGAGAGCCAAGGUUAAGGAAUGCAUUCUGCCUUCAUUCAGAUGGCUGUGCUGUUGACCAACAAUGCAGUACUGGCACACGCUGCAGCGGAGCAAAGUUUACACGUCCACAGGGAGAAAUGUUUCAUUAACAUACUUAGUCAUACUCCAAAGAUCUAAAGGACAGCUUCAGAAUGCGGCGUUCGGCUGCGCUCCCAAGGCCCGCCCCCGACGCCAGCAGGGCACCCUGUCGCAUACACAUCUCAUGUUCCGAGGCCCACUUUUUGGCUCUUUGUCUUUUCUCCUUAAGGGGAAGGGAAGGGAUAUGUUUGUGCUCAAGUGGAACUCCUGUCUGAUGUUUUCUUGUAGUAAUAAAUGCCGUUCAAAGUGCCUUUUCCUCAUCGGGAGAGUGGACGGUUAGAUUUUACAUGCGGUGACGGGGGCAAACGACUGGGACACCGUGGCAGUGAGAGGACACGCAGACAAGUGAUGUGUGAAGCGCUCACCUGAGAUUACAUUGCUGUUACAGUUAUAAUUGCUGACGGUAUCUGAUUGUCAGUAAAGGGUUCCUAAGAAAUGUGUAGAUGAUACAAUACACUCGAAAGCCUUGUAUCAAAUAACAAAGAUGAAUCAGGGUUGCUUCUUUCGCAAAGACAGAUUUUAACCCUUUGCGUCACACUGAGCGAAUACAUGCAAUUGAAUAACUGUUGCGUGUUUGGGAGUGCUGUCUGUAGAUGUUCAGAAGGCCAUGCUUUUACUGCGUUUGUGGCCUUUAUGGUGACACAGCUGGGCGGUUAAUCGCAGCCGAAGACUCGCCGUCACUUCCCUUCAUACAGGACACGUCUCUGCAUAAUUGAACUCACUCAGGAAAAGGAUUAUACUUAGAAUAGAAACAACACUGAAACAGCUGAAAGUCCUCCAUGUAGACAGUCUUUACUUAUUUUCAGUGCUAAUAAAUGUUUUUCUGAAGUUGGAUUCCUGUUUUCAUUUUUAUAGCUUUAAUAAAAAGUAUUUUACGCCCAUGUGAGUUGCACAUGCAGUUAAUAUUUGGAUAUGUAGCCAAUGCCUUUUUUCCUCCAAAAGAAAUCACCAAAUGUACCCACUUUUACAGCUGAUAAACCUUGUUUUGUGGUAAACAGGUGGACAGCAGGGCACCUCCUUGAGUCUGAAAUGGCAAUUUACAUAUUAAAGUCUGUUUUUGUAAUAGACUAAAUGUGGUGUAUGUACUAUGGUGUAAGAAGCAAAGUAGGGAUGACAGCUGGAUUGUGUGAAAGAAUACCUUACAGACUGCCCCCCCAAUCACACUUCUUUGUCAUGUUUAGAAAUGCAGCUUUUCUGAACCUUUGAAUGCUGAACGUGACUCUCACAUAGUUGGCAAGGGGCCGUGGACCGUAGGUAAAAUUUUCCACUGUCGGUCAGCGAUGGAGGGAAUAAUAAACCACGAGCUCAAAGUGAGCAGAGCCGCACAGUGCAGUUUUGGGGGUGUCGUGGUUUCGUGGCCAUCUGUAAAACGACCUGCAGUGACAUGUUUCUCUGAUGGAUCCCAGCCCGCCAACUCCUUACUUGUCCCAUUGAUGACCUUGUCCGCGAUAUCAAAGAGGACUUCUCCAGAAAACUAAAUGAGUAAUAUUUAUUACUGUCAAAUACCGCGGUGCCUGCUGCCGAUUCUCAGGCGUUAGAUGCUGACAUUUGGAGGUCGUUCUAGGCUUGUGAUAAAGGGCUCCGUUCUCCGAACCGAACGGUUCUUGUUUCUUAUUUAUAAAACCUUCAAAGCAAACUCGUCUCUGGCUACAAAUACACGUGUGAACAGCAAUGGUUAAGUAAGCCCAUGGAGAAGAACAAUAUCCUUCAGAAAAGGAGCAGUUAGACCACUUCUACACUGCAGUCGUUUGUUUUGUGCAACAUUAUGAGCUCUACGCACAUAGUCAUGUGUCUUCAGUAUAUGGUCUCCAUUUAAACUACUUGUAAAGUGCUCUAUCACAUCGUGCAUUUCUGCUUUAGCUCCUUGCAGCUUUCACAUAAUGAACAUCUUUCUUAAACGGUGCUGAGAUUUAUAAUGGUUGUUGCUAUGCAAAUUAUCUUAAAACAGAAAUGAUCUUGAAUUUCUAUUAUUUAAGAAGUUGAACUGUCACUUGUGCAGCCCUCUGAGUUUGGGGUUUUCUAUUGUGUCUUCAGCAAAAAUAUGAAGCGGACGCUGUCCGCUCAAUAAAUCUGUGUAGCUUCAUACUGGUUGCCUGUUUCCGAAAAACACGAGAUAUACUUUAGUUAACGUAUGAGAUGCAAUCAGGCUUCAGGUUCAAGGCGAUUAGGAAUCGGUGAUAUUCUGGUAAAGUUUUAUGUAGAUACUUGUGUGAUGAA